CUUUGAGUUGUCAUCCAUUUGCGUGAAUGCUGGAUUCAUGCGAUCAGUGGCCGUUAUAAGACACCGUUGUUUGCCUGGAAAGCAAGAAAACAACACAAGCUACGUGGAAAACCUGCCGUGUGACUGAUGUUUCUUUCCGGUUUCGUGGGAUAUUCGAAAUGUAGGCUAUAAGAAAACGUAACUUUUGUGAAGUUGAUUUAGAGGGACGUUAUUAGGGCUACUCGUCUUUUUUCGUGAGCGCGGAUUGCAUCUGUGGAAUGAAGAAAAGGGACUGAAGUAAGUGAAGAGAUACACACGAAUUGAUUUUCAAUUUAACUGGAAACUUUGGCGAACGAGGACUAAGUGUAUCGCAUGCUAUGUACCAAGCGCUCUCACACUGACUGACUUAUUUCUGAAGAGAUUCUGGCAGUGACCAGAGAAAAAUCCCUCUGGAGAGGUGAACCAACUGUCGAAGGAUAUUUACCUCGCCAUCUCUACAUACCCUCUCCAAAAAUGUCUAAACCUUUAGAUCACGUUAAGCGACCCAUGAACGCCUUCAUGGUGUGGUCUCGGGCUCAGCGACGAAAGAUGGCUCAAGAAAAUCCAAAAAUGCACAACUCCGAGAUUAGUAAAAGACUGGGCGCGGAGUGGAAACUUCUUACCGAGUCAGAGAAAAGACCAUUUAUUGACGAGGCGAAGCGUCUGAGGGCUAUGCACAUGAAAGAACACCCAGACUACAAAUACAGACCAAGGCGGAAGCCAAAGACUUUAAUGAAAAAGGACAAGUUUGCUUUCCCAGUGCCCUACAAUCUUGGAGAGCACGACGCGUUGAAGGUGAGCUGUUUGCCCGGUGGAGCACUGUCCGAGUCCUUAUUAAGCAAUCCCGACAAAGCAGCCGCUGCGGCCGCUGCAGCAGCGGCCAGAGUUUUUUUCAACCCCUCGAUGUCAACAAACCCCUACUCAUUUUUUGAUCUCGGGUCUAAAAUGUCUGAGCUAUCACCGCCGUUUCCUUAUCCAUCGCCGCUGGGGUACCCUGGCGCAACAGCUUUCUCCGGAACAGGAACUGUCGGAAGUGGGACACACACCCACACACACCCAUCGCCGGGCAACCCGGGCUAUAUGAUUCCCUGUAACUGCACGGCUUGGCCUUCGGCCGGUCUUCAGCCUCCCUUGGCAUACAUUUUGCUGCCUGGAAUGGGCAAACCUCAGCUCGAACCAUAUCCUGCAUACGCGGCUGCGUUAUGAUAGCUUUGGACUCCAGAGAAGUUUAAAUGUGAAAGAAUAUCAUGCAAUAGUUAUUACGCAUGCACAGAUCUGUACAUGUGAUACAGUGCUCGUCGUAUCAGAUAUCACAUGUGUGUGUAUAUUAAUUAAUACCUUUAUGUAAGGUUAUGCUUAUUUAGAGAACUCUCUAAAAUGUAGCCAUCACCUGGCAAAUCCCAGAGGGAAAUUACAGAAGGAUGGCGAAAUGCAGAGCUGGCGAAGGAGAUGGUAGGAGAGCAGUUUGCCCUUAUCAAUGUGAAUACUCGUUUGCAAAGGUACCAGAUUUGAUUUCUAUCUAUUGUAGUGCACCUGUUGGACUAACCUGUUGAGAUCACAUUUCAUCUGUCCCCCAAAUAAUUACGAAGGACACAGGUCUCUCUUUAUCAUUUGCUGUCAUUCCUCAUGUGGUCUUUUUAAAUCUCCAAGUGUGUUCAUCAGCUAAUGUAUUUUAGUUUUGACAUUACAAUCAUUGACAACCGUUUUGAAACAGCUGUGCUGAUCUCCUACCAAUCAAAAUGACUGUAAAUGUGUACAGAAAGAAUCCAAAAGGUAAUUUACAAUCUUUAGUACUCUUGGAAUGGAGUUGUCUGGGCUGUUAGAAAUUCAGUGUAUAUUUUUCAUUUUUGAAUCCUGUUUCAUAGAUGUAUGUGAUAUUUAUUGUUUAGUGAAAGCAUUAUGGUGACCCUGCUGAUUGAACAGAGGACAUAUUCUGUCCUUCACAUUUGCACAAAAACAUGAAGUGCAUAGAAUGCCAUUAACUGAAAUAAAACGCAUCCCUCUCUUGUA